AUGGAAGAUGAAAUAUUGACCCUAGCGGAGAUUCCCACCCUCUCCCAGCUCUACCGGGAAGGCGAACUCUCCAAGCCCACCCCACCAUCCCCAAGCAAACCCGUCCAAUCCCUGAACGACAUGGUCUCUUGGUUGCAGGGUGACAUCACCAAGCUGAAAGUCGAUGGUAUUGUCAACGCCGCGAAUCGUGAUCUCGGAGGCGGCAGCGGUGUCAACGGGGUUAUUCAACGUGUGGCUGGACCCCAGUUGCUGCAGGACUGCCAGAAACUCGGUGGCUGUGAAACGGGCGAUGCGAAAUGUACUCUCGCCUACAACUUACCCUGUGAGCGCGUUAUUCACACUGUCGGUCCGAUCUACGGCCAAGAGUACAGGAAGGAUCCGGCUCGUCCUGAGGAACUUCUUCGAUCUUGUUACCGUCGCUGCCUUGAGCUUGCUGUCGACCGGGGCAUAAAGAGCAUUGCUUUCUCGUGCAUCAGUACUGGCAUUUAUGGAUAUCCCAAUGAAGAGGCUGCGAUCGCGGCUGCGGACGAAGUUCGCAAAUUUCUAGAGACUUCUGAAGAUGCGCAUAAGAUUGACCGAGUUAUUUUUUGCCUUUUUCAGGAUGUGGAUGUUGGGAUUUACGACCAAAUUCUUCCUCAUGUGUUCCCUCCGACAGAGAGCGAUCUUCAUGGUUCGAAUGAAAGUGAUUGA